AUGCCCCGGGCCACCGCGCUCGGGGUCCUUGCGCCGCUGCUGCCGCCUGCCCUGCUGCUGCUGCUGCUGCUGCCGCUGCCCCGAGACGCCGGCGGGGUCGGGGAGCGCGCGGACGCCGCCUCGGACGACUCGGCCCCGGGAGGCGCGGAGAGCGCGGAGCGGCAGCUGGAGCAUUACCACGACCCGUGCAAAGCCGCUGUCUUUUGGGGAGACAUUGCCUUAGAUGAAGAUGACCUGAAGCUAUUUCACAUCAAUAAGGCAGGAGACCGGAUCAAGCAGUCGGUGGAGAAAGAGGGACACGGCACAGGUGGGCUUGAAGAGCAGCCAUUUGAGAGCUGGCCGAACGUCACUGUCACGAACACCAGCAGCCAGGAAGCCAGAGAGGAUGGCAAGCAGGAUGCCAAGCUUCUGCAGAGUUCCGGGACCUUGAAUGCCAGAGCAGAGACUGCUUCUCCCCGGGUCCGAAGAGCCACAACCUCAAGGACAGAGCGAAUAUGGCCGGGAGGGGUUAUCCCCUACGUUAUUGGAGGAAACUUCACUGGGUCCCAGAGGGCCAUCUUUAAGCAGGCCAUGAGGCACUGGGAGAAGCACACCUGUGUGACCUUCAUAGAGAGAACUGAUGAAGAAAGCUUUAUUGUGUUCAGUUACAGGACUUGUGGCUGUUGUUCAUAUGUUGGCCGCCGAGGAGGAGGCCCGCAGGCCAUAUCCAUUGGGAAAAACUGUGACAAGUUUGGGAUUGUGGCACAUGAGCUGGGCCACGUGGUUGGGUUCUGGCAUGAACAUACCCGACCAGACAGAGAUCAACAUGUCACCAUCAUCAGAGAAAACAUCCAGCCAGGUCAGGAGUAUAAUUUCUUAAAAAUGGAAGCUGGGGAAGUGAGUUCUCUGGGAGAGACGUACGACUUCGACAGCAUCAUGCACUACGCCCGGAACACCUUCUCCAGAGGAGUUUUCUUAGACACCAUCCUCCCCCGUCGAGAUGACAAUGGCAUCAGGCCAACCAUUGGCCAGCGCGUACGGCUCAGCCAGGGAGACAUAGCUCAAGCCAGGAAGCUGUACAAGUGCCCAGCGUGCGGGGAGACCCUGCAGGACACGACGGGAAACUUCUCUGCACCUGGUUUUCCAAAUGGCUACCCUUCCUACUCCCACUGCGUCUGGAGGAUAUCGGUGACUCCAGGGGAAAAGAUCAUCUUAAACUUCACAUCCAUGGAUUUGUUUAAAAGCCGCCUGUGCUGGUACGAUUACGUGGAGGUCCGGGAUGGUUACUGGAGAAAGGCCCCCCUGUUGGGUCGGUUUUGUGGUGAUAAAGUCCCGGAGCCCCUCGUCUCCACAGACAGCCGGCUCUGGGUGGAGUUCCGAAGCAGCAGCAACAUCCUAGGCAAGGGCUUCUUUGCUGUCUAUGAAGCCACCUGUGGGGGAGACAUUAACAAAGACGCUGGCCAGAUCCAAUCUCCCAACUACCCCGAUGACUACAGACCUUCCAAGGAAUGUGUUUGGAGGAUUACAGUUUCAGAGGGGUUUCACGUGGGCCUGACCUUCCAAGCUUUUGAGAUUGAAAGGCACGACAGCUGUGCAUAUGACUACCUGGAAAUCCGAGAUGGCCCCACAGAGGAGAGCACCCUGAUUGGCCACUUUUGUGGCUAUGAGAAACCGGAGGACGUGAAGUCAAGCUCCCACAGGAUGUGGAUGAAGUUUGUGUCCGAUGGCUCUAUCAAUAAAGCAGGCUUUGCGGCCAAUUUUUUCAAGGAGGUGGAUGAGUGCUCCUGGCCGGACCAGGGCGGCUGUGAGCAGCGCUGUGUGAACACGCUAGGGAGCUACAGGUGCGCGUGCGACCCUGGCUACGAGCUGGCCCCCAACAAGAAGACAUGCGAAGUGGCCUGUGGCGGUUUCAUUACCAAGCUGAACGGGACCAUCACCAGCCCUGGGUGGCCGAAGGAGUACCCUACUAACAAAAACUGUGUCUGGCAGGUGGUGGCCCCCGCUCAGUACCGGAUCUCCCUUCAGUUUGAAGUGUUUGAACUGGAAGGCAAUGACGUCUGUAAAUAUGACUUCGUGGAGGUGCGCAGCGGCCUCUCGCCUGAUGCCAGGCUGCAUGGCAAGUUCUGCGGCUCUGAGACGCCAGAGGUCAUCACCUCCCAGGGCAGCAACAUGCGUGUGGAGUUCAAGUCUGACAACACGGUCUCCAAACGCGGCUUCCGGGCCCACUUCUUCUCAGACAAGGACGAGUGUGCCAAGGACAACGGUGGGUGCCAGCAUGAGUGUGUCAACACAUUUGGGAGCUACCUGUGCAGGUGCAGGAAUGGCUACCGGCCCCACGAGAAUGGACACGACUGCAAAGAGGCUGGCUGUGUGCACAAGAUCAGCAACUCAGAGGGGACCCUGGCAAGCCCCAACUGGCCUGACAAGUACCCCAGCCGGAGGGAGUGCACCUGGAACAUCUCUUCAACUGCGGGCCACAGAGUGAAACUGACGUUCAGUGAGUUUGAGGUGGAGCAGCACCAGGAGUGCGCCUACGACCACGUGGAGCUGUACGAUGGCCCUGACAGCCUGGCCCCCAUCCUCGGCCGGUUCUGUGGCAGCAAGAAACCGGACCCCGUGGUGGCUUCAGGCAGCAGCCUGUUCCUCAGGUUUUAUUCGGAUGCGUCCGUGCAGAGGAAAGGCUUCCAGGCCCUGCACAGCACAGAGUGUGGGGGCAGGCUGAAGGCUGAAGUGCAGACCAAAGAGCUCUACUCCCACGCCCAGUUUGGGGACAACAACUACCCAAGCCAGGCCCGCUGUGACUGGGUGAUCGUGGCGGAGGAUGGCUACGGUGUGGAGCUGAUAUUCCGGACCUUUGAAGUGGAGGAGGAGGCCGACUGUGGCUACGACUACAUGGAGGCCUUCGAUGGCUACGACAGCACGGCGCCCCGGCUUGGCCGCUUCUGUGGCUCGGGGCCGUUGGAAGAAAUCUACUCUGCAGGGGAUUCGCUGAUGAUUCGAUUCCACACGGACGACACCAUCAACAAGAAAGGCUUUCACGCCCGAUACACCAGCACCAAGUUCCAGGACGCCCUGCACAUGAAGAAGUAAGGCCGCUGGGCCUGAAAGACAGGAGCUGAGAAUGUUUUUCAAACAAUUGCACCUUGUGAAUUUGCCCUAAAACAGUGUACAGUAUUUUUCUCCAGCAAAACUUUAAAUACUCGGAGGUAUGUAUUUGCUGAAGUUUGGCCAACAAGGAGGAGAGAAAAUGUUCCUUUGAUUCUGGAAGCAACAUUAUCCACGGGGGACACUCACAGAUUAAGGUUUGAAGUCACUGGUCAUUCAGGCCUUGCUGGUUUAUACUCAUUCUUGUUCCUCGCUACUAUGGGGCAGGAAGCCACCCUCGGUCGGUCAUUUCUCUGUUUCUGAACUAGCUCCCAAAGGUGCCCGGUGCUGCGAGCAUGUUGUGGAGAUCGGGCUGUCUUCGGUCUACACUGACAGAAUAAAAGUGUAACCAUAGAUGAUUUGUUGCGCACAGCGUUGGCUGAGGACUUUUGCUUUCUCUCUGCCAGGAAACCUGAGAAUGUGGACAUCAGAACACAAAAAGGCAUCCCAGUCAGCAGUGCUCAGAGGGAGUGUGAGUAGGAGAGUGAGUCAUUCUCAGGUAUUUCUCUGCAUCACCAGUGCUCCUCGCCCUUCUGGCCUC